AUGAGAUCCAGCUUGUUAAUCACUUGUAUCUGCGCUGGGUUUGCCGCCAGCCAGGAGUAUUCACCCACAUCGGCAGGCUGCAGCAUCCCGACCAGCGCAUCUUACCCAAAAGCAAAGAAACUUCCAGACCCUUUUCUUCUAUCUGACGGGACACGACUCUCUACUAAAGAUCAGUGGAGUUGCAAAAGAGCUGAGAUACGGGAUCAAAUCCAGCGUUAUGAGCUGGGCACUAAGCCGCCCAAACCCACCGUCUCCUCUACCCUCUCUAACAACAAAAUUACUAUUACUUCCUCUGAAGGUGGAAAGUCAGCAUCAUUCGGUGUCACUCUCAAGCUGCCGAGCGGCAAUGGUCCUUUUCCAGCACUCAUCGCUUUUGAGGGAACCUCUAUCCCGGUUCCCGCGGGUGUUGCCGUCAUAACAUUCCCCAAUCAUGACGUCGCCGCCGACGACCCUCGUGGAAAGGGCAUAUUCUAUAACCUCUACGGGAGCUCGCACCCUGCCGGGGCACUGAUAGCCUGGGCAUGGGGAGUGAGCCGCACGAUUGAUGCGUUGGAGCAGCUCGGAUCUACGACCACGAAGAUCGACACCAGCAGAUUGGCGGUGACUGGCUGCUCGCGUAAUGGGAAAGGAGCCCUCAUAGCGGGUGCAUUUGACGAUCGAAUUGCUCUAGUGCUCCCUCAGGAAGGCGGCUCUGGGGGGCCAGGAUGUUGGCGCAUCGUGGCAGACAUCAAGAAGAACGGCACAAAAACGGAGGAUGCGACGCAGAUAGUUCAGGGAGACUCUUGGUUCGCCACUGCAUUUUCCCAAUACGCCCCAGACACUACUCAGCUGCCAUACGAUCAUCACAUGCUCAUGGCACUGGUUGCGCCUCGCGGGUUAUUGGUGAUCGAAAACUCUGGUAUCGAUUAUCUGGGCCCGAUCAGCACUUACGGUUGCUCAAUAGCAGCACGUAUCGUUUACGAGUCACUAGGGGUCCAAAAUAAUAUGGGCGUGUCACAAGCCUCACAUGGGUCUUCCCACUGUUCUAUGCCCAGUUCACAGAAUUCCGAGGUCGCCGCAUUCUUUAACAAGUUCCUCCUUAAAACCGAUAGCAACACUCAGGUCGUGAAAACCGACGGUAAAUUCACGUGGUGGGCCCCACAAUGGAUCGAUUGGACCUCUCGGGUAUUGACAUAA